AGUGGCCUCGAGCCUCAUUGAUGCAUUCAUCAAUUUGAAAACUUCACCAAUUCAUUCAAACUCCGUUCUAACUUCUACGCGAGCCUCAACACUCCUGGCUUUCUCAUACUCAGCUUCGGUUCUCGGCUGCUGGCAUCUCUCAAUCGCUCUGGAACGCUUAGAACCAGGUUAGGGUUAGGGCUCUGCAACAUGAGGAAUAAUAAGGUUGUAGACCAACAAUUAUCUACUGUCCGAUCCAUCGUUGGCGCUGAGUAUUCUGACAUGGAUAUCAUUAGAGCCCUGCACAUGGCUAACAAUGACCUCACCGCCGCCAUUAACAUCAUCUUUGAUACCCCCAAGUUCAAAUUGAAAGAGAGGUUAAGUGUGGGGACUCAGAGGAAUUCACAAGUUUCGCAUCGAAGUUCAAGCUCUGAUGCUGGAAUUGGAGGUGGAAGUGUCACGGUGAAGUCCAAGCCAACUGCUUCUGAGGACAAUAAUCGAUCUCUGGGGUCGGAAGCAAAUGUUGCCGACUCGGUUUCCAACUCAGGUGAUUGUACCGCCGAGGAUGUGGGAGGGCCUUCAAGUUCAGCUGCAAGUGAUUGGUGGUUCGUGGGUUGUGGGGAAAUGGCGGGUCUUUCGACCAGUAAAGGGAGGAGUAUGAAUCCUGGUGAUCAAGUAUUGUUCAAGUUCCCGCUGAAGAUAGGGUCAACUACGCCAUCUCCAGGUAAGGGUUUUGGACGGGGACGACCGGCAGCAACAGCUUGUUCGGAGAUAGUGCGGUUCUAUACCAAGGAAACAGGAGAGAUUGGUAGAAUACCGAAUGAAUGGGCUAGGUGUCUCUUGCCCCUUGUACGGGAUAAGAAAGUUAGGAUUGAUGGGCAUUGCAAACAUGCUCCUAAUAAUUUGAGCAUCAUGGACACCAUUAUUUUGUCAAUUAGAGUAUUCAUCAAUAGCUCAAUGUUUCGCAAACGUCACCAGGUUUCUCUCAAGGACGCCACAAAUUCCACUGAUGAAUCAGUAUUUCAUCCUCUUCCAACCUUGUUUAGGUUGCUAGGCUUGAGCCCUUUCAAAAAGGCAGAGUUCACUCCUGGUGACUUGUACUCAAAGAAGCGCCCUUUCAAUGAAAAGGAGGACUCUUCUCUUCAGGCAACAUUACUGCACAUCAAAUCCAACCGUCCUUCUGUGAAUGAUAAUGAGGUAGACAGUGAGAAAUCAAUAUCUGAUACUGAUCUUGACAAGAUUGUUGGUGUUGGAGCUUGCUCAGAGCUAGAGGAAAUGGAUCCCCCUGGUAGUCUUCAGUGUGAAUUGCGGCCCUAUCAAAAGCAAGCUCUUCAUUGGAUGAUCCAGCUGGAGAAGGGACGGCCUAUGGAUGAGGCAGCAACAACACUUCAUCCAUGCUGGGAGGCAUAUCGCCUGGCAGACGAGAGGGAGCUGGUUAUUUAUUUGAAUGUUUUCUCUGGAGAAGCCACAAUAGAAUUUCCAAGCACACUUCAGAUGGCUAGAGGAGGAAUUUUGGCAGAUGCUAUGGGGCUUGGAAAGACCAUUAUGACCAUAGCACUCCUCGUUGCCCAUUCAGGCACUGGUGGUUCAUCAAGUAGUCAACUCAUGGAUCAACCCUUGUCUGAAAGUGAAGUUAAUGACAUGGUGCAAAACUCUUCAAAUGUACCUAAGAAGGCAAACAAGUUUUCUAGUUUUGAUAAACUGAGGAAGCAAAGGAAUGCUCUAACAAAUGGUGGCAGUCUGAUAAUAUGUCCCAUGACACUUCUAGGACAAUGGAAGGCAGAGAUUGAAACUCAUGUGCAGACUGGAUCUCUGUCUUUAUAUGUUCAUUAUGGACAGAGUAGACCAAAAGAUGCAAAAACUCUGGCUCAGAGUGAUGUUGUAAUUACUACAUAUGGAAUUGUAGCCUCUGAGUUUUCCGGCGAGAAUGCAGAGGAUAAUGGUGGACUUUUCUCAAUUCGAUGGUUUAGGGUGGUUCUAGACGAGGCACAUACUAUAAAAUCUUCCAAAAGCCAAAUAUCGAUGGCUACUUCAGCUUUAAUUGCUGACAGACGUUGGUGUCUUACUGGCACUCCUAUCCAGAACAACCUUGAAGAUGUUUACAGUCUUCUUCGAUUUCUGAGAAUAGAGCCUUGGGGUCAUUGGGCCUGGUGGAACAAACUCGUUCAGAAACCAUUCGAGGAGGGUGAUGAGAGAGGGCUGAAGUUGGUUCAAUCCAUUCUGAAGCCAAUCAUGUUGAGGAGAACUAAACAUAGCAUGGAUCGCGACGGCAAGCCUAUUAUUGUUCUUCCUCCAGCUGAAGUGCAGAUAAUUUACUGUGAACUCACUGAAGCUGAAAAGGACUUUUAUGAGGCACUAUUCAAAAGAUCUAAGGUCAAGUUUGAUCAGUUUGUUGAGCAAGGGCGCAUUCUUCAUAAUUAUGCUUCCAUAUUGGAGCUGCUCUUACGUCUUCGUCAAUGCUGUGACCAUCCAUUUCUUGUUAUGAG